UAAUAGCUAAUGGGGGCCGCCACACCCCCUCCCCUCCGCCAAGCUACGACCUUAAUUCUAAAAAGCCGCUUGUCUUCGGUGGACGGAUAGUCGCUGGCUUCAUUCGUUUGUUUGCUCGCGCUCACUGAACUGCACUCGCGCCGGACACAACAUUCAAAGAUAGACAUGUGGAAGACACUGAUAGUAUGGGAAGUGGGGCUGAUGGCAGUUACUGUACAAGGACAUGGGCCCUGCAAGGUACUUCAUGGGCUCAUGCUCGACUUCAACCUAGACGAAUACGCCGGUGUGUGGUACCCGCUGAUGGGAUGGUCCAAUGUACAUGCUGGUGACAUCAAGGGCAAGUGCUCCAAGGAGACAAUCAGCAACAACAAUGGAAACAUUACCAUUACUGAGGAGAGCAUCUCUGACAAGAUCGGAGCUCAGAGCUCUUCACACCACGCGUGGCAAGACGAGCCCAACGAGGGCAAGAUCACCAUGUGGAUGUUCCACGCAAUCAAAGUCCCAUUCUGGAUAGUAGACACGGACUACAAACACUGGGCAGUCGUCUACUCGUGUUCCGGCGACGAGAACGAGUACCUCAAAACCCUGCUGGUACUGGGCAGAGGCCGCGACUUCUCCAAGAUGUGGCAAAACCCUCAAGUGAAGAAGAACAUUCGACGAUCUCUACGGAGAAGCAACCUACUGAGGCUACGAGACCUCACCAGUAUUAACCAGACAGACUGUACAAACUAGUGAAUAGUUCAUCAGUCAUCGCUCUCGUAUUUGUUCAUCAAGUUUGUAUUAGGACGUGAGAAAUGUCGCUUUAAUUUAUUUAAUUGUGAUAGUAGUUAAGGAUUACAUUUAAGUUUAGUCCUAAUUGAAUUGUACAAGAAAACAUGCCUUCGCCUUAUCAAUAAUUUCUUCGUUCUUCAUGUUUGUUGUUUGUACCACCAUAUUUAUUUCAUGUUAUUUGUUUCACCAGCAUCUCCGCCUUAUUCAUUGUCGGUAACAGUAAUUUAACUCAUGUUUGUAACAUAUCUUUAUGUCUUUUAAUUAUAAGAUAUUUUGUAUUAUUUGUACA